UCCCUCUUGUGCAGCAGCGAAAUGUCUGCUGAUUGUUAUUGUCUGGACAGUUCCUGUGGCGAGAGGGGCGAGACUUGUCCGCCCGGGGGCGGCGGGAGCGCGGGGAAAGCAGCCCCCGCCCGCGCCGCCCCGGUACCUGUUUGUAUAAUAAUGGGCGGCAACGGCCCUGCCGCCGGCCGCAGCCCAGGCUAUAUAAGGAAUUACACGUACAUUUCGGACCGAGGGGCUCGCUUUGGUUACUGCGUUAUUUUUAAAACGACUUUUAAGAGAGGGGUAAUAAAUGCUCCUAUAAUGGGACCGCUGCAGCGUCGAGAAAACGAGUAAAUACGUGUUUAGGAGAAAACUCUCUCGUGCUCCCCCCGCCCCACCCCCCGCGCCUGGGCUCCCUUUCUCCCUCCCCUCUGGGAUGCGAAACGCGAGGUUUUGUAACCUUUCCUGGCAAUUUUAGAUUUUGUGUGGGAUUUCCUGUCUAGAAGCAGAUACGAAGAUUUUUAAGCUGUUUCAAGAUCUUUCCUUCCAAUCCAUAAUUAUAUUUUUAAUAUAUUCGAGCCAUCAUUAAAAUCACUGCUUUCGUGAGUGAUUUUAAUUAUUCAAAUAAACACUUGCAUUUUAAAGACGUCUGUUGAUUAUAAUCGAAAGGUAUUUUGGUAUCCUCAUUGUGGAGAGAUGACUUGUUAUAGCAAGAAGUGGAGCAUAGGCUAUUGCAAUUUUAAUUUCCUGUUUUAGCGUCAAAUAGUGUGUGUUCUAUAUUGAGCUGUUGCCGCUGUUGCUGAUGUGGCUUUAUGAAAGUUACAAAUUAUAAUACUGUGGUAGAAACAAACUCAGAUUCAGAUGAUGAAGACAAACUCCAUAUUGUGGAAGAAGAAAGUGUUACAGAUGCAGCUGAUUGUGAAGGUGUACCAGAGGAUGACCUGCCAACAGACCAGACAGUGUUACCAGGGAGGAGCAGUGAAAGAGAAGGGAAUGCUAAGAACUGCUGGGAGGAUGACACAGGAAAGGAAGGGCAAGAAAUCCUGGGGCCUGAAGCUCAGGCAGAUGAAGCAGGAUGUACAGUAAAAGAUGAUGAAUGCGAGUCAGAUGCAGAAAAUGAGCAAAACCAUGAUCCUAAUGUUGAAGAGUUUCUACAACAACAAGACACUGCUGUCAUUUUUCCUGAGGCACCUGAAGAGGACCAGAGGCAGGGCACACCAGAAGCCAGUGGUCAUGACGAAAAUGGAACACCAGAUGCAUUUUCACAAUUACUCACCUGUCCAUAUUGUGAUAGAGGCUAUAAACGCUUUACCUCUCUGAAAGAACACAUUAAAUAUCGUCAUGAAAAGAAUGAAGAUAACUUUAGUUGCUCCCUGUGCAGUUACACCUUUGCAUACAGAACCCAACUUGAACGUCACAUGACAUCACAUAAAUCAGGAAGAGAUCAAAGACAUGUGACGCAGUCUGGGUGUAAUCGUAAAUUCAAGUGCACUGAGUGUGGAAAAGCUUUCAAAUACAAACAUCACCUAAAAGAGCACUUAAGAAUUCACAGUGGAGAGAAGCCAUAUGAAUGCCCAAACUGCAAGAAACGCUUUUCCCAUUCUGGCUCCUAUAGCUCACACAUAAGCAGUAAGAAAUGUAUCAGCUUGAUACCUGUGAAUGGGCGACCAAGAACAGGACUCAAGACAUCUCAGUGUUCUUCACCGUCUCUUUCAGCAUCACCAGGCAGUCCCACACGACCACAGAUACGGCAAAAGAUAGAGAAUAAACCCCUUCAAGAACAACUUUCUGUUAACCAAAUUAAAACUGAACCUGUGGAUUAUGAAUUCAAACCCAUAGUGGUUGCUUCAGGAAUCAACUGUUCAACCCCUUUACAAAAUGGGGUUUUCACUGGUGGUGGCCCAUUACAGGCAACCAGUUCUCCUCAGGGCGUGGUGCAAGCUGUUGUUCUGCCAACAGUUGGUUUGGUGUCUCCCAUAAGUAUCAAUUUAAGUGAUAUUCAGAAUGUACUUAAAGUGGCGGUAGAUGGUAAUGUAAUAAGGCAAGUGUUGGAGAAUAAUCAAGCCAAUCUUGCAUCCAAAGAACAAGAAACAAUCAAUGCUUCACCCAUACAACAAGGUGGCCAUUCUGUUAUUUCAGCCAUCAGUCUUCCUUUGGUUGAUCAAGAUGGAACAACCAAAAUUAUCAUCAACUACAGUCUUGAGCAGCCUAGCCAACUUCAAGUUGUUCCUCAAAAUUUAAAAAAAGAAAAUCCAGUCGCAACAAACAGUUGUAAAAGUGAAAAGUUACCAGAAGAUCUUACUGUUAAGUCUGAGAAGGACAAAAGCUUUGAAGGGGGGGUGAAUGAUAGCACUUGUCUUCUGUGUGAUGAUUGUCCAGGAGAUAUUAAUGCACUUCCAGAAUUAAAGCACUAUGACCUAAAGCAGCCUACUCAGCCUCCUCCACUCCCUGCAGCAGAAGCUGAGAAGCCUGAGUCCUCCGUUUCAUCAGCUACUGGAGAUGGCAAUUUGUCUCCCAGUCAGCCACCUUUAAAGAACCUCUUGUCUCUCCUAAAAGCAUAUUAUGCUUUGAAUGCACAACCAAGUGCAGAAGAGCUCUCAAAAAUUGCUGAUUCAGUAAACCUACCACUGGAUGUAGUAAAAAAGUGGUUUGAAAAGAUGCAAGCUGGACAGAUUUCAGUGCAAUCUUCUGAACCAUCUUCUCCUGAACCAGGCAAAGUAAAUAUCCCUGCCAAGAACAAUGAUCAUCCUCAAUCUGCAAAUGCAAAUGAACCCCAGGACAGCACAGUAAAUCUACAAAGUCCUUUGAAGAUGACUAACUCCCCAGUUUUACCACUGGGAUCAACCACCAAUGGUUCCAGAAGUAGUACACCAUCCCCAUCACCUCUAAACCUUUCCUCAUCCAGAAAUACACAGGGUUACUUGUACACAGCUGAGGGUGCACAAGAAGAGCCACAAGUAGAACCUCUUGAUCUUUCACUACCAAAGCAACAGGGAGAAUUAUUAGAAAGGUCAACUAUCACUAGCGUUUACCAGAACAGUGUUUAUUCUGUCCAGGAAGAACCCUUGAACUUGUCUUGCGCAAAAAAGGAGCCACAAAAGGACAGUUGUGUUACAGACUCAGAACCAGUUGUAAAUGUAAUCCCACCAAGUGCCAACCCCAUAAAUAUCGCUAUACCUACCGUCACUGCCCAGUUACCCACAAUCGUGGCCAUUGCUGACCAGAACAGUGUUCCAUGCUUACGAGCACUAGCUGCCAAUAAGCAAACGAUUCUGAUUCCCCAGGUGGCAUACACAUACUCAACUACGGUCAGCCCUGCAGUCCAAGAACCACCCUUGAAAGUGAUCCAGCCAAAUGGAAAUCAGGAUGAAAGACAAGAUACUAGCUCAGAAGGAGUAUCAAAUGUAGAGGAUCAGAAUGACUCUGAUUCUACACCGCCCAAAAAGAAAAUGCGGAAGACAGAAAAUGGAAUGUAUGCUUGUGAUUUGUGUGAUAAGAUAUUCCAAAAGAGUAGUUCAUUAUUGAGACAUAAAUAUGAACACACAGGUAAAAGACCUCAUGAGUGUGGAAUCUGUAAAAAGGCAUUUAAACACAAACAUCAUUUGAUUGAACACAUGCGAUUACAUUCUGGAGAAAAGCCCUAUCAAUGUGACAAAUGUGGAAAGCGCUUCUCACACUCUGGGUCUUAUUCUCAACACAUGAAUCAUCGCUACUCCUACUGUAAGAGAGAAGCGGAAGAACGUGACAGCACAGAGCAGGAAGAGGCAGGGCCUGAAAUCCUCUCGAAUGAGCACGUGGGUGCCAGGGCAUCUCCCUCACAGGGUGACUCGGACGAGAGAGAGAGUUUGACAAGGGAAGAGGAUGAAGACAGUGAAAAAGAGGAAGAGGAGGAGGAUAAAGAGGUAGAAGAAUUGCAGGAAGAAAAAGAAUGUGAAAAACCACAAGGGGAUGAGGAGGAGGAGGAAGAAGAAGUGGAAGAAGAGGUAGAAGAGGCAGAGAAUGAGGGAGAAGAAGCAAAAACUGAAGGUCUGAUGAAGGAUGACAGGGCUGAAAGUCAAGCAAGCAGCUUAGGACAAAAAGUAAGUGAGAGUAGUGAGCAAGUGUCUGAAGAAAAGACAAAUGAAGCCUAAUCGUUUUUCUAGAAGGAAAAUAAAUUCUAAAUUGAUAAUGAAUUUUGUUCAAUAUUAUCCUUGCUUUUCAUGGAAACACAGUAACCUGUAUGCUGUGAUUCCUGUUCACUACUGUGUAAAGUAAAAACUAAAAAAUACAAAAUACAAACACACACACACACACACAAACACACACACACACAAUAAAUCCGGGUGUGCCUGAACCUCAGACCUAGUAAUUUUUCAUGCAGUUUUCAAAGUUAGGGACAAGUUUGUAACAUGCAGCAGAUUAGAAAACCUAAUGACUCGGAGAGCAAUGAUACAAGAGGUUAAAGGAAGCUGAUUAAUUAGAUAUGCAUCUGGCAUUGUUUUAUCUUAUCAGUAUUAAUUAUCACUCUUAUGUUGGUUUAUUCUUAAGCUGUACAAUUGGGAGAAAUUUUAUAAUUUUUUAUUGGUAAACAUAUGCUAAAUCCGCUUCAGUAUUUUAUUAUGUUUUUUAAAAUGUGAGAACUUCUGCACUACAAAAUUCCCUUCACAGAGAAGUAUAAUGUAGUUCCAACCCGUGCUAACUACCUUUUAUAAAUUCAAUCUAGAAGGUAGUAAUUUCUAAUAUUUAGAUGUCUUAGUAGAGCGUAUUAUCAUUUAAAGUGUAUUGUUAGCCUUAAGAAAGCAGCUGAUAGAAGAACUGAAGUUUCUUACUCAUGUGGUUUAAAAUGGAGUUCAAAAGAUUGCCAUUGAGUUCUGAUUGCAGGGACUAACAAUGUUAAUCUAAUAAGGACAGCAAAAUCAUCAGAAUCAGUGUUUGUGAUUGUGUUUGAAUAUGUGGUAACAUAUGAAGGAUAUGACAUGAAGCUUUGUAUCUCCUUUGGCCUUAAGCAAGACCUGUGUGCUGUAAGUGCCAUUUCUCAGUAUUUUCAAGGC